CUUUGAGCGUUCAAAGUUCUUUCUUCUGGUUCUUGAGACAUUUUGUCUUCUUCAACAUGGUUAAGGUUUCAGUUUCUCUUCACAUUUCUGUGAUGGGUUAUUGCAGAAAACCAGGUUCCUUGUAAUGCUUCUCCUUUUCGGCUCUCUUUCUUGAGAGAGAAAGCCUUUCAAAGUUCUUUUCUUUAUUUGGUGCUGGUUAGUUAAGUUUCAACAGUAGAACACAGUAUUGAAGCUCGCUUGAGAAUCCAUUUCAGUGAUAUCGACCUUGCGUAGCUCUGUGUUUUUUUUAACUUCCUUUGCUUGGUUUUUGAAUCAAGGCUUCUAGGGGACAUGGAAAACGUUUUAAAGUUUGAUCUUUGGUGCAGAUUUUGUGAGCCAUUGUUGUUUUUAACUUCACCAGCUUGAUCAUCAUCAGCUGGAGAAAAAAAACACCCCGAAAUCCACUAAAAUAUCAUCCAUUUGGCCUUUACUUGAGGCUGUUUCAAUUCAAAAGCCCUCAUUUUAGCUUAUUAUUUCUCCUUUUCUUUCAAUUUUUGUUUCGUAUAUACCAUACUAAAGGACGGACUUUACUAAGAAACAAACAAUCUUUGGUUUCUGAAACCAAAUCCUCCAGAACAAGCAGCUUUUUCAUCACUCAGCUCGCAGCUCUUCACUUUUUCAUAUAUAGAGGUCGAUUGGUUCUUGGAUUCUGGGUUUUUUAACAAGAAAUGGCUAUGGCGGUGGCCCAACACAGGAUGAGUACCAGCGGUAGCAGCAUCAACAAACAUUUUGAUGCUGCAGGCAAGUAUGUUAGGUACACAGCUGAGCAAGUUGAAGCCUUGGAACGAGUUUAUGCUGAGUGCCCCAAACCAAGUUCCUUGCGUAGGCAGCAGUUGAUAAGGGAGUGCCCCAUUCUUUCCAACAUUGAACCUAAACAGAUCAAAGUUUGGUUUCAAAAUCGCAGAUGUAGAGAUAAACAAAGGAAAGAGUCUUCAAGGCUGCAAACUGUAAAUAGAAAAUUAUCAGCUAUGAACAAACUGUUGAUGGAGGAGAAUGAUCGGUUGCAAAAUCAGGUUUCUCAUCUGGUUUGCGAGAAUGGUUAUAUGAAGCAGCAACUGCAUACUGUAAAUGCAUCAGCAACUGAUGCAAGUUGCGACUCUGCGGUUACCAUUCCUCAGCAUUCACUCAGAGAUGCCAAUAACCCUUCUGGCCUCCUCUCCAUUGCAGAGGAGACAUUGGCAGAGUUCCUUUCCAAGGCUACAGGAACUGCUGUCGAUUGGGUCCAGAUGCCUGGGAUGAAGCCUGGUCCGGAUUCAGUUGGGAUUUUUGCCAUUUCCCAAAGUUGUAGGGGAGUGGCAGCUCGAGCCUGCGGUCUUGUAAGUCUAGAACCUACAAAGAUUGCAGAGAUCCUUAAAGAUCGUACAUCUUGGUUCCGUGGGUGCCGGAACCUUGAAGUUUUCACCAUGUUUCCAACUGGCAAUGGUGGAACGAUUGAGCUUGUAUACACACAGUUGUUUGCUCCAACUACACUGGCUCCUGCAAGGGACUUUUGGACUCUAAGAUACACUACAUCAUUAGAGAAUGGCAGUCUCGUGGUCUGUGAGAGGUCCCUUUCCGGUUCUGGUGCUGGUCCGAGUGCAGUUGCUGCAGCUCAAUUUGUGAGAGCGGAAAUGCUUCCUAGUGGCUAUUUAAUUAGGCCAUGUGAUGGUGGAGGGUCCAUAAUCCAUAUUGUUGACCACCUGAAUCUCGAGGCAUGGAGUGUGCCAGAGGUGCUGCGUCCACUUUAUGAAUCCUCAAAAGUAAUUGCUCAGAAAAUGACAAUUGCUGCACUGCGCUAUGCCAAGCAAAUUGCUCAGGAGACAAGUGGUGAGGUUGUUUACAGUAUGGGCAGGCAGCCGGCUGUCUUACAAACUUUUAGCCAAAGAUUAAGCAGAGGCUUUAACGACGCUAUAAAUGGAUUCAAUGAUGAUGGGUGGUAUAUGAAUUGUGAUGGUACUGAGGAUGUGAUAAUUGCAAUUAAUUCAAGCAAGACUUUGAGCAGCUCUUCAAAUCCCACCAAUGCUCUUUCGUUCAUGGGGGGUGUCCUGUGUGCAAAGGCGUCUAUGCUGCUUCAAAAUGUUCCACCUGCUGUGCUAGUGCGUUUCCUGAGAGAGCACCGCUCGGAGUGGGCUGAUUUCAAUGUUGAUGCAUAUAUUGCCGCGUCAUUGAAGUCUGGAACAUAUGCUUAUCCUGGAAUGAGACCUACAAGGUUUACGGGUAGUCAAAUAAUCAUGCCACUUGGCCACACGAUAGAACAUGAAGAGAUACUAGAAGUUAUAAGACUCGAAGGUCAUUCUCUUGUGCAAGAAGAUGCCUUUGUUUCAAGGGAUAUUCAUUUAUUGCAGAUAUGCAGUGGAAUUGAUGAGAAUGCCGUGGGAGCCUGUUCGGAGCUUGUCUUUGCUCCUAUUGAUGAGAUGUUCCCCGAUGAUGCUCCCUUAGUACCUUCUGGAUUCCGCAUCAUUCCGUUGGAGUCAAAACCGUGUGAUGCACAGAUUUUAACAAUGAAUCGGACUUUGGAUCUGACUUCAAGUCUCGAAGUGGGGCCUCCAACGAACAAUGCUUCAGGAGAUGCACUGUCAUGUCAGAAUACACGAUCGGUGUUGACAAUUGCCUUCCAGUUUCCCUUUGAUGGCACUCUUCAGGAUAAUGUUGCGACCAUGGCACGACAGUAUGUCCGUAACGUCAUUUCUUCUAUCCAGAGGGUUGCAAUGGCCAUAUCUCCAUCUGGAUUGAACCCGGCUGGAGGUCCGGUGCUCACUCCAGGCUCUCCUGAAGCACUUACACUAGCUCACUGGAUCUGCAAGAGCUACAGUUAUCAUAUAGGGGCAGAAUUGUUGAGAUCUGAAUCACUUGGCGGUGACUCAAUCUUGAAGAAUCUCUGGCAACAUCAGGAUGCAAUGUUGUGUUGUUCGUUGAAGUCACCACCGGUUUUCAUCUUCGCAAAUCAAGCCGGUCUCGACAUGCUCGAGACAACUCUAGUGUCCCUACAAGACAUCACACUCGAUAAAAUAUUCGACGAGUCUGGACACAAGACAUUGUGCACUGAUUUUGCCAAGUUGAUGCAGCAGGGAUUUUCUUUUCCCUGCGGGAUCUGCAUGUCGACGACGGGACGCCAUAUUUCGUACGAACAAGCUGUUGCGUGGAAAGUCGUUGAAGCCGAUGAAAGCACCGUACAUUGCUUGGCCUUCUGUUUUGUAAACUGGUCUUUUGUGUGAAACAUUUUAGUAUUUGUUCAACAUCCAGUUUUUCCCAUGGCUGACUGG